UGUCAAGUGCACAGCAACCCAGACUGACCUAGUGGAGGCAUUUUAACGAACAAACUCUCAGUUUGAGUGCUUUUCAGUUUGUUUGUGGCACAGAGCCUCUCAGGCGGAAAGGUAUCUUCCAAUUAAUGCGGCAGAAACGUCACAUAACUCAUUGUUUAUUCGGAUAUGUUGCUCCUAAACCAGCUCUUGUUGUUGCUGGAAAGCUAUCCUAGCUAACUUAUUUCAAAAUGACUCUUUCAACUUUGUACAACACCGGCGUGAUCUACAGACGGAUUUUAUCACAAUUUCCUCAGGACAUCAGUCUAGCUUUUGCCUAUGGAUCUGGUGUUUUUAAACAACACGGGACCAACCAAGGUCAAAUGGAGAAGAAUAUGCUGGACUUUGUGUUUGCGGUGGAUGACCCGGUGACGUGGCACACCAUGAAUCUGCUGCAGAAUCGCAAACACUACUCUAUCCUCAAGCUGCUGGGGCCCACAAUGAUCAGCUCUGUACAAAAUGAGCACGGGGCCUCUGUAUACUACAACACACUGGUGCCAGUGGAUGGAAGGAUAAUCAAAUAUGGUGUGAUUAGUACAGAGUCUCUUAUCGAUGACCUGAUGCACUGGAAGACGAUGUAUGUGGCCGGACGACUUCACAAACCAGUAAGGAUGCUGGUGCAGAAUGAGAACGGAAAGCUCCGCGCUGCUCUGGUGGCCAACUUAAAGAGCGCUGUGACAGCCUCCUUCCUCAUGCUGCCGGAGAGCUUCACUGAGGAAGACCUCUUCCUGCAGAUAGCUGGUCUUUCUUAUGCCGGGGAUUUUAGAAUGGUCAUCGGCGAAGAUAAAUCUAAGGUGGUCAAUAUCGUCACGGACAACAUUCAGCACUUCCGGAUUCUGUACAGCAACAUCCUGCGGGACUGCCCUCAGGUGGUCUACAAACCUCAACAAGGGAAACUGGAGGCUGACAAAAGCCCAGAGGGCCAGUUCAUCCAGCUGAUGGCGUUGCCUCGAACCCUCCAGCAGAGGAUCACCAAGCUGGUCGAUCCUCCGGGGAAGAACCGAGACGUGGAGGAGAUUCUGCUGCAGGUGGCUCAGGACCCGGACUGCGGCGCUGUCGUUCAACAAGGUAUUUCAUCGAUUGUGAAAUCCUCCAGUAUAACACAGAGUAUCAAAGGCAUUGCCACAGCUGGCAUGUGGAAGACGGUCUCAUACAGCUCCAAGAAACUGGUGAAGAUGUGGAAGGGUUGGAGGAGGAAGCCGCCUGUCUCACAGAUGUCCUGAUCCUGUCUGUUGACCAGGAAUCUCUUUUUCUUUAUAAACUGUGUGCCAAACAACCGACAUCCAUCCAUUAAAUGUUUUCGCCCGCGACAGACUGUGGCUGGAAGAAUCACACACUCCCCUCCUGGUUGAGCAGGUGUAAGUCUGUGUUUGAAUAGUGGAGAACCGUCUGUACAACUGCCCUUUAUCAUGCAAUUCAUGAGAGUUGUCGAAAAUAGGGGGCGACAUUUCACAAGCCUGACUGAAUUAUGGCCGACAUGGAAUGUUACCACAGAUUGGAACCUUUCUGCAUAGUGACGACAGUGACUGGCUGCAGUGGCUAUUUCUAGAGCCACAUCACAUACUCAGUGUGAGAACAGCAUGCAUCAAGUACCGCACGUAUAUAAAAAAUAUACUUUAGUGUCUUCGGUCAUCUUUUGACAGCGAGUGUGCAUUUUCCAUGUGAACGGUCAAAUGACGAGCUGAUCAGAGACUGGCGAUGAUAUUUCUGUGUGAUUUUUGUCUUUUAUUGAACUUUUUAUUCCCCUCUCGACUUUCUAAAGAUCUCCAAUCGUUCUUCUCUUCACAUUUUACCAGCAGUUUGAAUGUUUGUAAUAAUAUGUCAGUGUUCAUGAAAUAAAAGAUAUGAUUACAUUUCAUUUAGAAAUGUAGCUCAUUGUGAACUGUUUACCUAAAUGCCACUUACUUGCUGUAAGCAGGUCAUAAUGACUGGAGGUCUUUGCUACUUGCUGAAAUGUUAUGUAGUUACGAGAUGAAUGAUUGAUAAACUAUUUAAUACAA